CAAAGCCGAGAGGCUGCUGCUCCUCCAUAACCGGCUCAGGUGCGUUUGGAGAGACGCGUGUUUCCAGAGCUCAAACCGUGUGCAGGUUCUUUGAGCUGAGUGAGUUGCUGUGAGAAGGAGGAACAACCAGGUGGUCUUCAUGGGGCAGAGCCCGGCUGUGCUGUGGACCUGCCUGCUGGGGUCCGGACUCGUCCUGGCCUUCUGCGUUAUGACCUCCAUGGCUGACCCCCAACCCCCACGGCUGAAGUACUGCGUGUUCCAGGAACGAGCUAACGUCACCUGCCACUGGGAGGCUGGAGACCACCUGCCGACGAACUACACGCUGCACGUUGAUCUGAUAUUUCUACAAAAGAACACAAUUAUGGAGACAUUCACCUGCAAAACAUCUAAGACCAGCUGCACAGCGCAGUUCAAAGACUUAACAGUGAGGCACCACUUUUGCAUCCGCAUCACAGCACACGUUCACAACCGGGACAUAUCGUCGCCCCGUCGGUGUCAGUCUGGUAGGACUGAAGUGAAAUUGCAUCCAGUGAGUUUGAUCAAAGUGAAGUCAGUCAGUGGGAAACCACAGUGUCUGAAUGUAACCUGGAACUACGCCUUAACUCUCUUCGGUGUUGCUGAAGAUGAAAUCAAAGCUGGAAACCUGAUGUCCCAAAUAGAGAUCACAGAACAGGGCAAGUUUGAUGCUCAGGUAAAAAAUGUGACAGUGAGAGACAAAUGGUUUGAGGUUUGUAAUUUAUCCAGGCCUGACACUUUGUACACCGUCAGGCUUCGUCACAGCUACCAAGGCCCCAGGAGUCCCUGGAGCCUGUGGAGCAACACCUGCCAGGGAAGGACAGGAGAGGGCGCUCCAGAUUCAGCUCCAGCCUUCUGGAGGCGAGUGAAACAAACAGACAAGAUUGGUCAGAGACUCAUCACGCUGCUCUGGAAGCCUUUGCCUCCCUUUCAAGCAAAUGGCAGAGUUCUCUUCUUCAAUGUGACGUGUCAGACAAAAGGCGCUCAGGUCCUGAUUGAUCACGGGAGCUGUAGAGAGUUGAACGAUACACGUACUUCCUGCAGCUUGCUCCUGCCUGCAGGUCGAUGCUCCUGCACUCUGACGGCCUCCACCUCUGCAGGGAGCUCGCCCGAAGCCAGGAUAUGGCUCCGUGGAGCAUCUGAGACAGAGCCACCACCCCCGAACCAAAUCACUGCAAGUCCAUUGGGUGACAGUGGUUUGGAUGUUCGUUGGACAUUUCCGGUCAGUUGGUUGGCGAGUGGCUUUCUGGUGGACUGGUUUGCUGUCAGAGAGAAAAAUAGCAGCAUCCUACACUGGGAAGAGCUGAAUAGUUCCUCUACAGAGCUGGUCAUAAAGGGAAUAAAGCCGAUGGAGCGUUAUGCUGUUUCUGUCAGAGCACUGUACGGUGAACAAGGGGCGGGACAGAGCAAGACAGUUCACAUUUAUACACGCCAAGGAGCGCCCUUAGCUGGUCCUAGUGUGGUGCAGCAGAUCUCCGGCAGCAGAGUGACACUGAAGUGGAGUCCUGUUCCUGUGGAGCUGCUUCGUGGCUUCAUCCGCAACUACACAAUCUGCUACACAACAGCAAACCAACCAGCCAGGAGAGUGACUGUGCCCGGUCACGCUCUCAGUUACUCUCUGGGGGAUCUGCCACCUGGUAACUACGACAUCUUCAUGCAGGCCAACACUGAUGCUGGAGCUGGAGAAUUUGGGCAGACUGCUUAUGUGCACAUAGGCCAGGAGGAAAUCUCGAUAACGAUGUAUGCCGUCCUUCCUCUCAUCCUGACUUCAGUAGUGCUGGUGCUGAUGGCCUGUCUGGCAAAGAAUAAAAUGGUGAAACGGAAGCUGUGUCAGAACGUCCCUGAUCCUUCCAACAGCAGUUUGGCCCACUGGACCCCGGAAAUCACUUUGGAGAGUGUAAAGAGGCCUACAAUGACAGAGAGGACCGAAAUCAAAUGCGCUGAAGUUAUUUUACUUGGUGCAAGUGAGCAGCAGAACCUCGACCCCGAUCAGGACCUCGGCUAUCAAAAAUUUUCCUCCCAUCACCACUCUUUGCUUCCAGUUUCGGCGGCUCAGACGCCUCAAAAUACCAGAAAAUCUGAGAGGAAUUCUGUCAAAAGCUCAGCUAGACUCAAGACGACCUCUAACGCUGACCUCUCCUCCUGCCCCUCCAUCUACUCAAGUUUCGUCUGCUCUCAGACAGUCGAUGGUCUCUCUACACCCCUCCUGUCCCCCUCCUACCUCCAAUCCAAUGACUGGCAGCUCAGCACUGUCAGCGUUACUGAUGUUAAGCUGCAGCUAGAUGGAGACAGUGAGCCGUGUGUGUCUCUGCAGGGCAGGAGCACCACAGGGUCUCAUUCACAUCUUUCCCAAGCAGAUAAGCUACAACACUUUCACCAUUUUCUGAGACAGCAUCAAAGCCCUGUCUCCUCUCAUUCGUCCUCUGUCCUGCUGUCUCAACCAGCCGAGGUCACAUUACCCCAACACCCUUUUUCUCAAAGCAUCUUUAGCUCAGUCCCAUCGCUGCAGCACGACGCCUUCACUCACCUCAGUGACACUUUUACAAUAUCGUUUUCACCUUUUCUUCACUCUGAUUUAUCCAACUGUCCUGCGGAGUGUGAUCCCUACAUUUCCCCUGCUGUUUAGCUUUAUACGUGGAAAAAAAGCAAUUAAUUUGUUCAGUUAGUGUCCAUAAAAACUAUGCACCCCCUCUUUGACUUUUUAUUGAAACUGUCACUCUUCUUUAAAUUUUAUCUAUUAAUUUAUUUAUUUUAAUUUUUCCCAUUUUGAAUCACGGUGGAUUGUCUAACAGAAACAUUUUUCUAAUUUUUUAACGCUUUAUAAUCUUUAAUUACAAAUAUGAACAGAAAUGUAAAGCGACAGAAAACAACAAAACAAAACAGAGACAUUGAAGUGCAUUUUAGCACAUAAAUGACAGACCACUUGUAGAGGUAUAAACUUUCAGGCCAGGUAGGUUAUUCACAUAGUUUAUCAACGGGUAAUAUCUCUUAAUGGAGCUGUUGAGGUUGCAUCUUAUUUUUUUCUUUUCAGACAUGUUUUUAAUCCUCCAAACAUCUAGCUAUUACUGUAAUUACAUUCACUUUGUCUGAAUUGUCUGAAAAGACAGAACAUGAUAAAUCGAAGGGCGGUGAAUAUUUUUUAUAGACACUUUAGUUUGUGAUUGAUUUAUCAUAUUUUUCCACAUGUUUGAUGCAUUGUGAUAGUUUUAUAGUGUGUUUUUGAUAUUUUGCUACAGCACAGUGCGUUUGAGCCUUCACUUCAGUACUGAGGAAUGUAAAAAAUGAAAUGCUGCUUGCAACAGCGUCCUCUUUAGCUACUGUAUAUAUUGAUAUUUGUGAAUGAUUUAUUUUUUUAUCCAGUGCUCCUUUAUUCAUGAAUGUGCUUUCAUACCCACAAAUGCAUCAUUGGUAUGUCAAUAACUCACCUCGUGUUACGCUGGCGUCUCGAAGAAAACAUUGCUUUUCUCGUCCUGCCUCGAGAGUGAACAAAAAAUCCAAAAGUGUAGAACAGUUCUUCAUUAAUUGAUUCACAUAGGAUUCGUUUAGCAGCAGCAAAAUAUAUCAAAACAUCGGUUAACAAACUUUCACACAACUCAAUCCAAGUCUGAUUUAUCCAGUCAUUUGUUCAGUACUUCCCAAACACAUUUAUUUUUGCUAAAAGCUUUCCAUUUUUUUGCAUAAAGAAUUUUACACACAGAUCAGUUCAAAUGCACUUGCUGGCUCAGGUGCACUAUUCUUGUGCACAAGUUUUUUAAAUCUAAGUUUUUGGCGAAAAAAUGCACUGAACAUACGAUUGGAUAAAUGAGCCUUCGAUUAUACUGCACAGGCUGUGUAAGAGUUUGCAAACAUUUACUUCAAAGACAUCGAGAUUUUUCUCUUUUUUUAGAUUCUCCGUUAAUUGUUGAGACAUGCGAGAAAAACAAAGUUAUCUAACAAUUUUAACAUAACGUGGGGUGAGCAGUUGAUUUACAAAUGAUCAAUUUGUGGGUGAAGUGUUCCUUUAAAGGUCCGGUGUGUUGGAUUUAAUGGAAUCUAGCAGUGAAGUUAAAGACCUGAAACUUCUCCUGUGUGCUAAGCAUGUAGGAGAACUACAGUGGUGACACGAAAAAGCAAAUGGACCCAAUGCC